AAGAAGAAAAACACGAUGCGGUCCAUUCCCCUCGAUUUCUUAAACCCUGAGAGAAGUGGACUCCUAAAACCCUAACGCCUAGAAGGUUCUAUCAUCCUCCAGAUCUUGAACCCCAAGCCAAUAAGCGAUCCCUCCUCCUCGUCUCAUUUCUCCUAUAAUACUAGCAAUCCCAUCUUCAUUUCACUUACACCAGUGAAAGAAGAGAGUACACCCAAAUUAAGCUUCAAAUGGCGAAGCGUUUGAUUCCAACCUUUAACAGAGUUCUGGUUGAGAAAAUCCUUCCUCCUUCCAAAACCACCGCUGGCAUUCUCCUCCCUGAGAAAUCCACCAAGCUGAACUCCGGGAGAGUGGUGGCCGUGGGCCCAGGAACAAGAGACAGGGAAGGGAAAACGAUCCCAGUGCCUUUUAAAGAAGGUGACACUGUUCUUUUGCCUGAGUUUGGGGGUUCUCAAGUCAAGCUUGGCGAGAAAGAGUUUCACUUGUAUAGAGAUGAGGAUAUUUUAGGCACUCUCCAUGAAUAAUUGGUUCAAUGAUUUAAGUUUAUGAGCUUUGUCAGUGUUGGAGGGGGUUAGCUUUGGGUCUGGGGGUUUUAAUUGAAUUGGAUGGAACUGAUUAAUCAUUAGAAUUGGAAUUUGCUAAUGGAAACACUAUCCUUUUCUGCUCCACUGUAUUCUUGCUUGAUUGAUAAUACGUCGUUUUCUUAAUUGAAUUAUAAGAUGGUUACUGUGGUGCUACCUUGUUUUUGAUGAA